AUGGCUGCUUCUGGCUGGCUCACUGUGGCUGUUUCUGUUCAGCUCACUUUGUCUGCUUCUACCGGUAGCGCUAUCCUGGUUCUUGAGCUUUACAGUUUAACCGAGCAGGCCAUGGAACAACCAGACGUGUCUCUUAGUCUUAAGCAGAAACGACAGACAUCCCUUCAAGAGGCAUUUCCAGUCAAGAAACCUAGAAGACAGGAGAAGGCAAGCGGUCCAGCAGACAAACAGGGGUUGUUUCAGGUUCAGGCUGAACGAUUACCGUCUGGUGAUGAUGAGGGUGCUUCAACCUUACCUGCAAAUUCGAAUAAAAAUCCCGCUGACAUUGCAGAUACGUUUUACAGGCCUUCGCAUGCGACUGCUGGAGCUAUAUCCUCAAUAGCCCUUGACGUUCGAGCCAGCGGACCAGAAGGAACUGCUGCAGUUGGCAUCGGAGGUCUUCAAGGCAAUAAUUUGCAAGAUUUUCCGCCGGAAGCUUGUACGCUUGAAGGUGGAGCUGAAGUUAGCAGCAAUGGGACCACUGAGACAGUUCCUGUACAGCAUGAUUAUUCACGGCAUAUCAGGAAGGAGAGCUCAUCUCCUGAGGUUCUCUCAGUGAACAGGGCAUUCGGGAGUGCACUGGAAGAGGUAACCCCACCAGAUGCAAUUAUACCUAUUAGGGAUUUUAACACAACUCUUCCCGUGCAGGGACAUGAUCAGACGACAAGAGAACUGCUCAAUCCGCUCCAAGAUGUCACAGCUAUUGUGAAGACUGAAGCCGACGUUCCAACCGGCGGUACAUUCACCAAGCCUGAUUCUGGACAAAAGUGUCAAGUGGAUGUUAGUGAAAGCCGGGAUGCACAAGAUCAGCGUUAUGUUACUCCGAAAGGCGAGCCAAGCGCAGGGAUUGCCAAUGGAAACGGUGGCAGGACUGGCAGCACUGCUUCAGGUAGCCGACCAUGGAGCAUCAAGAACCAUUCCCCGGGGGAUUCGUUCUGGGAAAAAGCAUUUGCGAUGGUGGAAGCCAAAGCAGGGAUACACGAUAAUAUAGAGAGUGCAGGAAUGGCUCCUUCUAUUGCUGCUGCUGCUUCUGGUUUGGAUGUUCCGAGAGAAGGUUGUGUUGCACAAGACCAGCCAGUAGCGAAUGACAAGGGCAGUGCAAGCUGCGGAACGAGAACAAGGGGAGUCUUGGGUGGUUUUGGAAGCCCAAGGUUCCGCCAACGAACGGAAGCCAUACCACCAGCACCAAGGCCUUUGUCUCCGGGAUCCCUGGAUCCUCUUCCGGUUCGGUACCUGGACUUCAGUGCGGAGAAACCUCCUCGUCCACUGCCGAAAGGUACAGCAGCUGGUCGUUCAGAAGGAGAAAAGAGCCUCAAAGUGUCGAAGAAACUGGAGCCUGAUGUUGCCCCACAUGAAGAUAAUGGGAAAGCAUUGAUGGAGCAGCCAGUAGAGAAGGGUUUGCUAAAGGGAUCUGGCUCCCCCGGGUCGUCUGCGGCCACUGCUGACCUGCAACUCUCAGCAUGGCUCCCUUCCCCAGCAUGCAAGGCAUAUGCUCGCAAAGGAGUUACCAAGAUGUAUCCGUGGCAGGUGGAGUGCUUGUCAAAAGAACGUGUGCUUCAUGGGCAGAAUCUGGUCUACAGCGCAUCGACAAGUGCUGGGAAGAGUCUUGUUGCAGAGGUGCUGCUGGUGAGGAGGCUGAUCGCGACUGGAAGGAAGGCAUUGCUGGUGUUGCCAUAUGUCUCCAUAUGUGCUGAAAAGGCAGAACAUAUGGAGGCGGUGUUGGAACCUUUGGGCUAUCGGGUGCGCAAUUUCUUUGGUGCACAGGGAGGAUCAGUGCUCCCUCCGGAUACAAAUCUGGCUGUGUGCACUAUCGAGAAGGCCAAUGCUCUUGUGAACCGGCUUCUGGAGGAAGGGCGACUGGGAGAAGUGGCAAUGGUGGUCGUGGAUGAGCUUCACAUGGUUGGAGAUCCUGCAAGGGGUUACCUGCUUGAGCUACUCCUGACCAAGCUGCGGUAUGCUGCAGGCCUGGGCUCGUCAUCCGCUGGCAAAAGCUCUCCUCCUGAUGCUGCCAAAAGGGCCACGACAAAGCCUCUUGCAGCUGAUGCUGCUGGUAGUGUAAGACCAGCAAAAGGUGGUGAUCGAGGAAGCCCCUCUACAGGAGCUGGCUGGGGAAGCAGUGGCAAGACGGAGGGGGAAGGGUUGCAGAUUGUGGGGAUGAGUGCAACGAUGCGAAACACUUUUGCCAUUGCAAAGUGGUUGAACGCUGUGCUCUAUGAGACUGACUUUCGGCCAGUUCCCCUGCAAGAGUUCAUCAAAGUGGGGAACACGAUAUACGAUACCUUCAUGAACCCCUGUCGCACUGUGCCACCGAACCCAGAUGACAAAGAUAACUUAGUCUUUCUGUGUAAUGAGGUUCUGAGUGAGGGACACUCGGUGCUGAUCUUCUGCUCAGGUCGCUCCCACUGCCAAAAGACGGCACUCCAUGUCGCUAAGCUCCUGCCUCCUUUCAGACCUGUUAACCGCGGAUCAGAACCAGACGACACAAUCUCCACUCCAGAGGAUGUUUUGGAGGCCCUGAAGCGCAUUCCCUCUGGUCUUGACCCGGUUCUUGCUCAGUCCAUCCCUGCCGGCGUGGCUUAUCACCAUGCUGGGCUGACGACGGAGGAGAGGGAAAUAAUUGAGCACAGCUAUCGCCGUGGCAUUGUGAGAGUGCUCACUGCCACGUCUACACUAGCAGCAGGUGUUAACCUGCCAGCACGCCGUGUGAUACUGAGGGAACCAAAGAUGGGCAUGGAUAACCUGGACGCGACACACUACCGCCAGAUGACUGGUAGAGCUGGGAGAGCAGGGAUUGAUGACAAAGGAGAAAGUGUCCUCAUCUGUCAUCCAAAGGAGGUAUCGUGGGUGAAGGAGAUGAUUCAGCAGGGUUGCCAGCCCCUGGCGUCAUGUCUGUCCGAGGCGUACAAGUGCAUGUCGCGUGCACUGCUGGAGGUAGUGGCAGCAGGCAUCGUGCAGACAAGUGUGGAUGUUGGCCGAUAUGUCUCCUGCACGCUUCUCAGCACUCUAAAGUCGUUUGAGGAGGUUAGUGCCUCAGCUAAGGCAUCCUUGAACCAGCUCCGGUCUUCUUCUAUGAUCGAAUGGAACUAUGAAACGCAGACCUGGUCACCCACCCCACUGGGCCAGGCAGCCUUCUGCAGUGCUAUGACUCCUGAGGAGUCUCAGCUGGUCUUCAAGGACUUGGACCGUUCUCGAUGCUGGGGAUGCCUCCUCGCUACUGACCUCCACCACUGUUACCAGGUGACCCCGAUCGCCACAAUGAUUGAACCUGACUGGAAGAUCUUCUACCAGGAAUACCUUCGGCUCUCAGAGAUCGACCAAAGGGUUGCCAAGAACGUGGGGGUGACAGAAGCCUUUCUCGCCAGCAAGGCACAUGGCAGUGCCCGCACCUACAUGGGGCGCUGCAGUCGCAAGGGAAGGAAUGAAGUGGCAGACUCUCCAAAGGGCAGUGUGCCGAUCAAUAGUGUGUCGGAAACCGAGCGCGUCUGCAGGCGGUUCUUCUCAGCCCUUGUCCUGUCCCAAAUUGUACAGGAGGUGCCUAUCGGAGAAGUGUGUGACAGGUUCAGUGUGAACAGAGGGCAGGUUCAACAGCUGCAGGAUAACGCCGGCCGUUUUGCCUCCAUGGUCACUUCGUUCUGCGAGCGCCUAAAGUACGCAGACAUGCAAGCUCUGCUCUCCAAUUUCCAGCAUCGCGUGUACUUUGGCGUGCGCUCAGAGAUUGUGGAGCUCACAGAAAUUCCCUUUGUGAAGGCUGCACGUGCCCGUGCCCUGUACAAGGCAGGUUUGCGGACCACGGAGGCUGUGGCAGAGGCCUCUGCUGCUGAGAUCGCAAAAGCUCUCUCUGACUUCUCAUGGGGAGGCAAGGCUGCAACAGCGCGUGCUCAAGCAAUGAUUGCAGGGAAGAUUCGCAGCGGCGCUCGAAAGGUGCUGUUGGAGAAGGCAGAGGAGGAGCGGAUACAGAUGUUUACCAAGAUGCGAUCACUGGGAAUGAAAAUUCCAGCGGGACUGGAUAAGGCUUUGCACACCUUCCUUUCCCUGGAUGAUUCAUCCGCACCAGCAGCUGCAGCACCAGAUGCAGCCAGAACAGAAACAGCACAGGCAGCAGACGCACUGCGAAGCAGGGAUGGGCAAGAGACAGUGGGUGGUGGCGGUGAUGAUGGUGGUGGUGGUGGUGGUGGUGGUGGUGGUGGUGGUGGUGGUGGUGAUGGUGCUGUUGCUGGUGGGGCUGCUGCUCCCGUGAACCGUGCUGAUGACAAUUAUCCAGCAGCAGGUAUGGAGGAGUCGCCAGAUGAGACCAUGGAGGACAUUGAAUUCGCUGUGGAUGUGCUCACACAAGAAGAAGCUGCUGAAGACAAGGAUCAAUGGGAGGAGCAGAGCGAGUACUGUAUAGACCUGCAUACAGCUGGGGAUUACAAAAAUGGAUACGGACAGAGGCCAGUGGAGCUAGAAGGGGUUUCAGUGUGCUGGAAAGGCUCCCCCGUCUUCUACCUGGCGCUGGUGGUGCUCCCCAGGGUUAAUCAGCAGAAAAGGGACUCGAGAGCGGCAACAAGAGUAGAGCCUGAAGAGCUUGUGAAACAAGGAAAGGAGGUACGGGAUGCUGGAGCUGGGGAGGAGGAGGAGGAUGACAAGUUGACAUGGUGGCGUUCAGUGGUUGACCGGUGGAACAAGGUUCGCCAGAUGCUGGCACAGCAGGGCCAGAAGAAGGUCUUCUGGGAUGCGAAGGUAGCUCUUAUGGUGCUCUCAUGCCCAGCCAUACGCUGCCCUCCAGAGCUCCUCCCUCUGCAGUUGACGACUUUGGGCCAAGGAGUGGCGGGGCAGUGUGGGGUGAACGAGUUAGCGAAUGAAUCGGGGGUGCAGAAGCAAGGGGGAUUGCAUGGAAGCUGGGGGGAUGGGCAGCUGCGGCUAGAUCAGAUGCAGCAGCAAGGAGGGAAGAGCUGGUUACAGUCGAAAGCAGCACGAGGAGCAGGGGCUGGGGGUGGGAUAGUGCAGGGAGAAGUGCGGCAAGCAUGGGUACUGCAGCCGCUCCCAGCAGCAUAUGUUGCAGGCCCGAUUCUUGAUAUGCGUCUGCUGGCAUGGGCUCUUGAUCCGGACGGCGAGAGCAAUAAAGAGAAGACCAUUGAAGAGGCAGUGGCCAGCACGCUCCCUGCAGAAGCAGCAGCCAGGGCACAGCGAGCAGGGAGGUGGCAGGCUCAGCUGGGCCGGGCAGCACGGGAUGGCUGCUGCAGACGAGCCGCACAAGUUCGGGAGCUCUGUGAUGUGCUGUGGAAGCGCCUAUUCUCCCAGUGCUUGGAGGAGCCUCUCAUGCAAAACGAGAUGCCACUGGUCCCUGUAGUCGCAUCUAUGGAGCUCCUGGGCGUGGGAGUGGACAUGCGUCAGUGCAUGCUCCUGAGGAGAGUCCUGCGGGCCAAGGUGGCUGCUUUGGAGGAAGCGGCGCAUGAGAUGGCAGGGCGCCCCUUCAUGCUUUCUAAUCCCAGCGAGCUCGCCAUUAUACUCUUCAAGACCCUCGCUCUUCCAGUCCCCCCAACCUUUGUUGCCAAAGGGCCCAAGUCACAGCCGGGCCCAACCGACAAAGCAGCUCUGGAGUUUCUGAAGUCGAAGCACCCAAUUGCGGCGGUGAUUCAAGACUACCGCUGCAUAGCCAAGCUCUGUGCCACCAUCAACACCCUGUUGCACCGAGUGAAAGACCAGCACGGUCUUUCAAGGGAACUUGUCAACGACUUGGAAAUGCAGGCUUGUGGAGCGGACCAGUGCAACAGGGUAGAAAUCGAGGGAGGAGCUUUUGAUGUGGAGAUGGGAGGGAAGCAAGGAAAGCGGCGGACAUGCUACACAGUGCAUGGUCGGUGGCUGCAGACAUCAACAGCAACAGGACGUCUUUCCAUGGAAGAACCAAACUUGCAGUGCAUGGAGAAGCCAACAAGCUUCAUUCUAAAUGAGGAUCUGCUUCCUGACUCUCUCAAGUUGGCACUGGUAGAAACGAGUGGGGGUGGGCAGGGUGGUGCAAACAAGGGUGCGAAGCAAGUUGAGGAGGAGAAGAAGGACCUUUGUCACGCCUCCUUUGUUCUUUGGGCCAACAUCCUCCCCUACCUUUUGGGCAGUCAUAUCUUCUGUCCCUUUGGCACAAACAUCGACCCGUACACACAGGCCACAGUCAUUUCCGUGCUCUCAUUUCCCUUUCACAUUCUCUCUGAUGUCUUACCCCUGACCAUGCUUGCACCACCACUCCCCGUACAGCCAUCUCGGCUUCUCCUAGUAGCAGAUUAUUCUCAGAUUGAGGUCCGCCUGAUGGCUCAUUUCUCCAAAGAUCCAGCCCUCAUCUCGCUCCUUUCCCGCCCUUCCGGAGACCUCUUCCGCACCAUGGCUGCCUGCUGGUCCGGCACUCCCGAGCCUCAAGUGACCAGUGCGGAGCGGGACCGAACCAAGCGCCUGUGCUACGGUCUGCUGUAUGGCAUGGGGAACAGCGCACUGGGUCAGCAGCUUGAGUGCAGCGUGGAAGAAGCUAGCAAGUACAGGAAGAGGUUCUUGCAGUCGUUCCCAGAUGUGGACAGAUGGCUGGACAGGGCUGUGAAGGAAUGCAGAAGUAAAGGAUACAUUCAGACGCUAUGUGGGCGAAGGCGUUUCUUGGAAAAUAUCAACAACAGGAGCAGUGCAGAUAAGGCCAAAGCACAACGCCAGGCUGUCAACUCCAUAUGCCAGGGGUCAGCAGCAGACCUCAUUAAACUGGCCAUGGUCCGUCUUCAGUCAGCUAUAGCUCCACCUGCUCUCACCCAGCCGCUGGCAUCCACAUCACCACCAGUGACAGCAGCACCAGCACCUGAUUUUGCAGCUCCACAAGCAACCUCCGCAGCAGCAGCAGCAACAGCACAGGUUUCAUCAGUUGCACCCUCAGUCAUUCCGGGUCACCAAACAUCCACCAGCGGGCUGGCGCUGGCUGUGCUCCCACAACCAUCAUCCUCGAUUCUCACUCCUCAGCAGCAGUUCUGCCAUGUUCAAUGCCCCUCCGUUCUUCCUCCUGUUGCUGCUCCUGGGGCAUCCUCCCUUGCAGGCCACUGCAGGCUGGUUUUGCAGAUUCAUGACGAGUUGGUGCUGGAGGUAGAGCGACCCUACCUGCAGCCUGCAAAGGAGCUGCUACAGACAUGCAUGGAAAAUGCCAUGACUCUUGCAGUUCCGUUAUCAGUGAAGCUGCAUGUGGGAACAUCGUGGGGCACACUUGUGCCCGUUGCUGACUGGAAGGAGACAUGA